AUGAAAAGAUUAUCUAUAGCGGCCCCCACAUCUAGGAGGAAGUCCGGGAUGCCCGUCGAGGAUCAGAAGGCUAGACAAAUACUAGAGCAAUUGGAUCAAGAUACAACAAUGGUAUUACAGGAUAUUGACAGAAACUUAUCCAGAACAAUUGCGGCGGUAAAUGGUAAGCUCAGAACAGCUAUCCAAGGGUAUAUAAAUGAGAGUACGAGAGUUAAGCAGAGCACGGGUUUUUGGAAGAAAUUUUUUGAACUGUCUGCCAAUGUUGUGCUCGAUAGUUAUGAGGCACCUAUUGCCGAAGUCAGUGCAAACGCUAACCUUCUAAACGCCUUAAAUGACGACGACAACAACAACAAUGGCGUUGAUAUUGAUGUUGCUGGAGGUACCGAUAAUGGCAAUGUGCUUAGGACAACGGCUUCAGGCUUGCCGGAACUGCGAAGUAAUCUGCACCUUAGGGCAAUCGUGGAAGAGGACACCUCAACUUGGUCAACAGAACAAGCACAUCCGAACAAGCCCAACUCAUCUACGCCACAAAGAGCUAAUCGUUUUACAUCUCAACAGCGAGCUAAACUUGCCGGUGAUGCAUUUGGAGCUAGAUUAACCGAUAAUGUCAAUCUACAGCACCCAACAUCGGUGCUGCUUCUGCAACAACAACAGCAGCAACAGCAGCAAAAUGGAGCAAAUAUCUCACCCGCAAAAGACCAACAGUUGAAGCAAUCUCCAAUCAGAAUUCAAACGAUUCGACAGUCUCUUGAUGCAUAUCACCGAGUGUCCAUUUCUCCAAGAAAGCAACGAACAUCCACCUUUGGAAGAUCUGCAGUGAUACAAAAUAUUCUUAAUUCGUCUCCCACAUUCCCCGAACCUCCUGUAUUGAAGUCCGAUUUAGCAAGCGAGCAGUCUAGGCUAGUGAACACCACGUCUCCGCAUCCAAGUAGUGAUAUUGAGCCUCAUUUACGCAAGUUUCCGCACACGCCAAAGUAUUCAGGAAUACUGAGUGGAGGAUCAUCGCAUCAUACACCAUUAGCAGUACAAGAUGCGGUUCAAGACGAAAGUGACAACGAAUUGCAGCCACCACGAUUAGAGACUAGUAGUCAAGACAAUGAGCUUGAUUUGCUGAACAGCGAUUCAAGUGAAAAACUUUUACCUAGGCUAAACACGAUUGAGUUGACCAGUAGUGCCAAACGAAGGCAAGAAUCAGAGUUUAAUAGUUCUAACAAGCGUAGUCGACCUUUGGAUAAAGAUGAAGAGAAUGUGUUUUUGGAAAAGGAAAGCAAGGAUUCAAGGCAAUCUCCUAUAGAUGAUGAUAAACACAAAAGCCGAAAUGAAGUGAAGGAAAGCGGUGUUGCUACUGCUGUAGGCGGUAGUGGCAGUGGUCAAUCUAAAUCUAUAACACAAGUUUUCAAUGAGGGAAUAUCGCGAGCUACCAGAGAUGAAAAUGUAAAUGCUGAAGUUGAGACGAAUGAAUUAAUACAGGAAAAUGUAACCACAGACGUGACUCGAGAAGGCGCAAGGGACUUAACAGAAGGAUCAACUGCUGAGCUUGGCCCAUUUAAGGAGAGAUGGAAAUAUUUUUCGAGUUUGUGA